CCACGCUUUCGGUUGCAACCGGGUUCGGUGGUGGCUCGAAAUCGACGUUGUUCACGAUCCUUGGAAAACACCGUGCAGUACCCAUCAAGCAUCUUUCGCAGUACCAUGGUGAGGACGAGUGGGUUCUCAAACCUGGAACCAAAUUGCACGUCAAAUCUGUCAAAAAAGAUGGAAAUGUACACAAAAUCGAGCUGCAAGAGGCUAUGGGAGAACAGGGCGGCCUAUCCUGAAGUGGUAGAUUUCAACUAUGUAUGAAUUUCUAGGUAUUUAAAACAUAAACAUUAUAGUUGAAUCGAGUUGAGUUCUUGAGUGAUUAGUUCGGUAUUUACUCAAUUGGAGGCACAUUUAUCCUAUUAAUAUUUUUUGAUGUAACAUUUUUUAUUGACGUGAUGAUGAAAAAUUAAUAGUGAAGUCAUUAGGGGAUAUUCACAUUGUGUCGCGAUGCAAAACAAAGAAACAGGGAGCAUCCGAGAUACAUGGAUGGGGGCUGAAGGUCGUACUCUAAUUCUUGCGAUUGCCACUUAGUCGUGGCCACAUCUCAAGGUUUUAAUUUCAUUCUGGGCCUUCUCCUUAUAUAAUAUUUGUAGGUCUAAAUAAUUUUGGGAGGAAGAAAAGAAUAAGUAGAAACACAGACAAAAAAAAGAAACGAAUGUGCAAAGAUCAAGC